UGGAGCAAAUCGCCGCGGACUCUCGGCGCAGCGGGCCCGGGACUGCGGGCAGCGGGCAGCAGAGGCGAGUGGCGGGCGAGCACUAAACAGCGAGGCGUGCGUCUCUCUCCGUGUCGCAGCCGCGCCUUCGGCCCGGGCGGCCGGCACGAGGAGGAGCGUCCCGGAUCCCCUCGCCGCCGCUGCCGCCGCCGCCACCCCGCGAUGAGGCCCAGGAAGUACGCGAUGGUGGUGAUGUCGCUCAUGGCGGUGCUCACCAACUGCAUCGAGGUGAACCGGGCGCAGGCGGAAGCCGACGACGAAGGCUUCUGCUCGCUGGACGAGUGUGUCUACUCGGAGCUGGAGCUGCUCAGCUACGAGGCCGUGCGGGCGAUCCACAACCAGAUGGACGACGAUGACGACGGCUCGGUGGACACCCAGGAGAGCGACGACUUCCUGCGCGAGGACAUGAAGUACAGUGACCCCACGCUGAAGCACAGCAACUUCCACAAGGAGGACCAACACAUCAGCCUGCAGGAGAUGUGGCUCAGUUGGAGAAACUCAGAAGUCUAUAACUGGACAGUGGAGGACGUGAUCCACUGGCUAGAGCAGAUUGUGGAGCUGCCUCAGUACUCAGACAUCCUGACACAAAACAACAUCGAUGGGCCCAGUCUUCCCAGGCUGGCCGUGAACAACCAGACCCUCAUGUCGGGCGUCCUGAAGAUCACCGACCGCAGCCACCGCCAGAAGCUGCAGCUGAAGGCUCUGGAUGCCAUCCUCUUUGGGACGCCUGCGUCCACACAGCGGAGCCGCCUCAAGGACCUGCUGCUCAUGGUGUCUGUGGUGAUGGGCGUGGGUGGCUGCUGGUUCGCCUACAUCCAGCACAAGUUCUCACGCGAUCACAUGAAGAAGAUGAUGCGUGAGCUGGACAGUCUGCAGCGUGCCGAGCAGAGCCUGCUGGACAUGCAGGGCAAGCUGCAGAAGGCUCAGGAGGAGCAGAAGCUGGUUGAGGACGAGAAGCGCCACCUGGAGACGAAGCUUCGCUGGGAGGUGACGGAGAAGCAGCAGCGGCGUGAGCAGCAGCAGCAGCAGCAGCAGCACGAGGCGCAGCAGCACGGAGAUGCCGAGGGGGAGCAGAUGCGGCGCAGGUUCGCGGAGGAGGAGCUGGAGCAGGUGCGCCGCAGCCUGCGCCGUGCGGAGCAGGAGCUGGAGGCGGUGCGCCGCUCGGGGGUGCCGACGGUGCUGCAGGCCUGGCUGCAGCUGACGCACGAGGUGGAGCUGCAGUACUACAACCUGCAGAAGAUGGAGGCCGAACGCCAGCUGAGCGCCGCCAAGGAAGUGGCUGAGAAGAUUAACCGCAAGCGUAACUCGGUGCUGGGCACGUUCUACGUGGCACACAGCUCCUCACUCGACGAGGUCGACCACAAGAUCCUCUCGGCCAAGCAGGCGCUGAACGAGGUGACGAGCAGCCUGCGUGAGCGUCUGCACCGCUGGCAGCACAUUGAGCACGUGUGUGGCUUCCACAUCGUCAACAACGCCGGGCUCGCCGCACUGCACACGCGCCUCUACGACGAGAGCCCGCAGGACGACGAACCCCUCAGCCCCAUCACCAGUCCGCCCUCCAUGAUCGUGACGCAGCCGUCCCUCUCGUCGCCGUCGCCGCCCCAGCCGACCAAUCACGUGACGGUCGACAGCCACAUGACCCGAUUGCCGGCCAAUAAGACUCCGUCGCCGGUGUCCCGGCGUCACGUGAGCUCCCACAUGCCGCUCUCCGAUUGGUCGCGGGCCGCGUCACACGACCAGCUGCCCUCCUCCGGUUACGAGCGAGACUCCAUGAUCGUGUUCUCGGCCUCUUCCAGCUGGCCUCACUCCAGCAUGGAGUCUCUCCUCUCCACGGCCUCCGCUCCUCCGGGUCCAGUCUCCUUCCACUCCUUGGCCUCCCUCCCCCCGUGCGGCGGUGGGGGCGGAGGUGGUGGCGCGGGGGCCUCCCAGCAGCACCACGCCCCCUCCCACGCCACCCCGCACCUCCUGCAGCACCACCACCACCUGCACCACCUGCAGCCUCCGCAGCCUUCGCAGCAGCAGCAGCUGCAAGCGGACGACUCCUCGUCCGUGUCCGAUUUCAAGUUGGGCCGCAAGUCCCGGAUAGCUCGCCUCUUCAAGAAGACGAGCAGCUAG